UUAUUUUUCUAGAUUGUUUUCGUCAUGGGUGCUAGUGAGGUAAAAAAGUAUACGUGAGGAAUAUCGUGCUGAGCUCAUCUUACGAUUUCUGGUUCAUCUGUUCCUGCUUCGAUGGCAGAACUGUAUGCGAAGUAACGGAGUAGUUAAUGUGAUGUUUUGUAAAGGCAAAAACGAGAAUGCCAAUACAGGCACCACAGUGGACUGAAUUUCUUUCGUGUCCAGUUUGCUGUCAUGACUUUGAUGUGGCCAUACGUGGUCCAAUAUCGUUAGGAUGUGGUCAUACCAUAUGUCGUACGUGCCUUGCAAAUUUACAUCGUAAACAAUGCCCUUUUGAUCAAAGUAUUAUUAAUACAGAAAUAGAAAGAUUACCAGUAAAUGAAGCUUUAUUACAAUUGGUGGGAAAUCCUGUUCCCACAAAUGUUGCAACAGCUUAUCAAAAAUUGCUACCACCUGAAGACCAUGCUAAUUAUUUGGUUGCAAAACGUUGUAUUGAGGAACUUGCUCUAUAUCUCAAACCAUGUCAGACAAAUCCUUCUUUAGCUACAGGUGUUGGACUUGUUUCUCGACCUAUGCAAAGGAAAUUGGUAACUUUAGUUGGUUGCCAGUUGGUUGAACCAGAAGGAAGAGCGCGUGCAGUAAGGGCAGCUAGAAGUUUGGGUGAAAGAUCAGUUACAGAGUUGAUACUACAACAUCAAAAUCCACAACAACUUAAUGCUAAUCUAUGGGCUGCUGUAAGAGCUCGUGGAUGUCAAUUUCUUGGGCCAGCAAUGCAAGAAGAAGUACUAAAACUUGUUUUAUUGGCUUUGGAAGAUGGAUCUGCCCUUUCUAGGAAAGUAUUAGUUAUGUUUGUAGUUCAACGUCUAGAAUCACAUUUUCCUCAAGCUUCUAAAACUAGCAUAGGACAUGUUGUACAAUUGUUGUAUAGAGCAAGUUGUUUUAAGGUAUCUAAACGAGAAGGAGAUUCAUCAUUAAUGCAAUUAAAAGAAGAGUUUAGAACAUAUGAAGCUUUGAGGAGGGAGCAUGAUGCUCAAAUAGUGCAAAUUGCGACUGAAGCUGGUUUAAGAAUAGCACCUGAUCAAUGGUCUGCAUUGUUAUAUGGAGAUACAAGCCAUAAAUCUCAUAUGCAAAGUAUUAUAGAUAAACUUCAAACUCCACAAUCUUUUGCUCAAAGUGUACAAGAAUUGGUUAUUGCUCUUCAACGUACUCCUGAUCCUGGACAAUUAAGUAGUCUAAGACCUCAACUAGAAUUGUUAGCUGCAAUAGAUCCUAGCCCAGAAACUGAACCUCCUACAUUAGCAGAAUGUCGAGCAGCAUUAGAAGCUGUUAGAACUGUAGUCGCAGCGUUAGUAGAGUUCAUUCAACAACACGGUAAUCGGAAAACGCAAGAUGGUACCCACAAUGUAGGUCCUGGACAACCAAAAUAUAAAGUGAGCAUGUGUCGAGAUCUCGCACUUAGAGGCUCUUGUCCUAGGUCUACUAAUUGUACAUUUGCUCAUAGUGACAUGGAACUAGAUAAAUAUAGAUCAAAAAGUCGGAAAUUGAGUCUCAGAUCAAGUUUACCUGGAAUCAACCAUUCGGAUGUGAAAACAGACAAAUCAGUUACUGGAUCAAAUAAUAAGACAUUUAAACAAAAUGACGAUUUAUCUUAUCAUUCCAUAAAGUCGCAUGAUAAUACUCAUAGGGAAAGCUUUAAUUCUAUGAAUAAAGUUAAUCCAAUACAACAUCACAACCCAACAAAUGAAAACAAUUUUAUCGGAUCAUUAACGAAUUAUAUGCUACCAUCUCCUCAAGGAAUGUUACCUGUGGUACCAACGAAAAAUAUUGACGUACAUUGUUCUCAUUAUAUUAUGCCUAAUACACCUGUUGAUUACACUGCACCUAAUCUUAAUAUUUGGGAUUCGUCGCAGCUUUCAUCUAAUAUGACCAAUGGAAUAUCUAAUACUAAAAAGCAGCGAACUGUUGCAAAAACAUUGGCGAUGUUACUGCAACGUAAGGUGGAAAUAUUAAACCAACUUGGAACAAUUGUCAACAAACAAGUGCCACAGGUGAAAACGAAUUACGACAUACAAGGAGACACAAUAUCAUCGAAUUUCUCUAUAUGGACAAACACACCAAAUAAUCCAAUGGUUUCUUCAACAAAUAUAAAUUGCAACAAUAAUUUCCGUUGUGCAGAUCCCAUUCUAUUCGAUGAUGAAUUUGUGCCAUUUGACGCAUCAUCGAAUAGUAAAUAUGGACCAAUUUCUAAACUAUCCAAAAACUUAAUCAGAUCUACUAAUGGCGUACAGUCUACUAAUUUCUAUGCAGAUGGAGGAACAUCUCCUACAAUAUCUGCUUAUCGAUCUAUGCCAACUACAAAUUCUAUUACGUCUUGGUAUUAUGGAAAUCAACCUUAUGCAACAAUUGGUGCAAAUGGAGGAAUACAGGCUAUCAAUAACAGUAAUUUUGAAGAUAGUUACAUUACAUUUGGUCGUAAUAUAUCCGAUACGUCAACGCACACACAACUUCCUCGACCAGAUAGUAUGUCUAAAGACUUAAUUCUUGAGUCGCAAAAGGUAAAACAACAAUUAAAACAUCUUGAGAAGAAGAUUAAUGACUUGAAGCUUGCCACACAAGGUGCAACUUUUACGGCUGGGGAAAGGUUAGCACAAGAAUUACAAAUGAUUGAAGCUGGCAUCAGAGAAAAAGAAAAAGACGUACGAAAUUGGAGUCCAUACGGUACCGUACCUUGGAUUCAAUCGUCGAACAAUUUACUUAGUUCUCAAAAUUUCAGUCAAGAUUAUAAGCCCGAAGAAGAAGAUACCUACGAAGCAGGUAUCGCAAAUGAUAUGCGGGAAUUAGAAUUACGAUGGGAAUUCGAACUACAAGAACAGGAAAAACAUUGGUCAAGUGAAGAGGAUAAUUCUAAGAAAUAAUAGUAAGAUAAGCGAUUCUUACUAAGUUAUGUACUUCUUAGAUCUGACCAUUAUUUGUCGGAACAUGUUCUUUUUAACAUGUGCAAAUAAUUUUUCGUGCGAACUUCCAUGCAUCAUGCAUAAAUGUUUAAAUUUUGUCAACAAAAUGAAUGAAAGUAAGUGAAAUUUGCCUAAAAAACAUUUUAUCGCUCUU